AUUUCUCAUUUAUGAAACCAUCACUCCCUUGGGGUAGUGUUAGCAUACCUUGGCUUGUUGGUUUAUAAGGAGUUAGCUCUGAAAUAUACACUGAGGAACAGUCCUCUAAGCUUGCCUUGAGAAGAAUAUGAGACUUCCUCGCAUCUUGGAGAUGUUUGACAAUUGCUGCUUCUGGACUGUCUAUAACAGUCUGGAGCCUACAAGCAUGGACCAUAUAUAGAGCCCCUUGCUAACAAUUUCAAUUUAUUUGCUUUCUUUCUUUUAAAACUUCCAUCUAUUUUGCUUUUUCUCAAAACCUCUAUAUGUUAACCCUCUCUAUCAUUCAUGGAAAAGACACUUAGUAAGCUGUCCUCAAAUUAGAUCAUUAAGCCAAUCUAUUAAAAGAAGAUCGCAUUUCUAAAUCAGCAUAAUAAAUAGAAGUUUAGAUUAUAUCUUAGAGGUUAACGAUGAUAUGUAUUGUACUUUAUUAUUGCUAUAGUUAUAUAGUUUGAGGCUGUCAAAAAAUGGAAAGCGGUAAAUGAAUAGGAUGUGUAUCUAGAGAAAUGUUUCUCAGGUUCUUCCUUUGGUCAGAUUGUUAAUAUACCUAAUUGCAUAAGAGGUGUGUUACUACCAAUAUCUGUAAAUUUUGAUCUCCUAAGUUAACCUUUUUCCUUUUAUGUGGGCAUAUAAACUCUAUGUGUCUUGCUUACAUCUUGCUCAAGAAGCUGCAAGUCCCAUUAUUACUAGGAAGCAGUCCCUUUUCUUUCCUGCUUCAGGAGUCCUUGAUUGUCUUUGCCAAGCCUAUCAAAUUUGCACUAUUGUUCACCUUUGGCAAUGUGUUGGCAGUUGGAAGCACAGCCUUCCUCAUUGGACCUGGGCGACAGCUAGGUAUGAUGUUUGACCCUGUCCGCAUAUAUGCAACAGUUAUUUACAUCGGAUGUGUUGUUCUGGCUCUCAUUUUUGCUCUCUUGAUUCAUAGCAAGAUUUUAACAGUGUUUGCAAUCAUAUCUGAGAUUUGUGCCCUUAUCUGGUACGGUCUGAGCUAUAUUCCUUUCGCUCGAAGAAUGGUGUCUAGUUUGAUGAUCCGGUUAUGCGACACUGAGUUAUAGGCUCAUAGCUAAUGCAAAUUCUAGGAGGGCAAUAAAAUGAGAGAUUCUUGAAACCUUUGGCUUAUGGCUGCUGUCUCCCUGCUUUUUAUCUGAGUUCGUGCAGAAAGAAUUUUUUCCACUUGAGUUUAGAGCUUGGCACUUCUGAUUGUUAAUUUGGCAUUAUAUGGUUCUUGGUUUCUUAUUUCAACUUCAUUUACUUUUACCUCGUCUCCUUUCAACUUUCCUUGGGCUAAAGGAACAUGGCCUUGACCCCGAAGAGACCUGGUACAUUCGGCUUCACUUUUUGCUUUUGCAAAAAAUACUAUCUGCUUGCAAGUUGUAAAUAUGCAAAAGACAAUAUGAAGAAUGAACUCUUUCCUGAUCA